AACCAUCUCUACGGGGCCUCGCCAAUGUAAAUUGCAGGAGUGCGUUCGUGGUAAAAUGACAAGAUCUGUAAGUGAUAAGGUAAUGAAUGCUUUGGUUAUUUGAAUAGCUAAAAACUGCCGACCCAUCAACAUAGUAGAUGACGAUGGACUGCGGGACAUCAUUAGAACUGCAUCCGGAGACGUCUCAUACAAUAUGCCCUCAAGAGGAACCAUCAUGUCAAAAAAUACACACUUUGUAUGACGAUGAGAAGGCACGGAGGAUGAACACGUUACAGCAAGCGACACACAUCGCACUGACAGGGGACCACUGGACUUCUGUGAGCAAUGACAACUACUUAGGCAUCACAGCGCACUUCGUUGAUAAAGAAUGGAAAUUGCAUUCAUUCGCACUAACCGUGUCUAAAACUGAGGAACGACAGUACGCUGAGGCAUGUGCGGAUCAUUUUCUCGAUGUGGCAAGAGAAUGGAAAAUCGAGGACAAGUUAAGCACACUUGGCACUGACAGUGCUCGUAAUAUGGUUGCUGCCGCGAGACUACUUCCAUUUGAACACCUGCCCUGCACGGCCCACAUUUUGCAAUUAACUGUCACAGUUUCCAUUCACGGCAGUGGAUUUGAAAGUGUCCUAGCUAAAUGUCGCAAGAUUGUUGGGCACUUUAAGCAUAGUCCAUCCAACGCUCACGAACUAAUGGAACAGCAAGUUGCAUGUGGACAGAAACAAGAAUCUCUCGUUCAGGACGUUACGACUAGAUGGAAUUCUACCCUAGAGAUGGUCAAGCGAAUUCAGCGAAACAAAUCUCCACUGACCACUACCCUGGCUCAGCAAAAGAGCAAUGUUGCCAUGUUGACUACACAGGAGCUCGCCAAACUGCAAAAGCUGGAGGAACUACUUGAACCUUGCAGAUAUGUAACUGAACUGCUGGGAGGAGAGCAGUACAUCUCCUGCUCAGUGGUAUUGCCAGCCUUGUGCCACUUGUUCAAAAUUAUGGAGUCCACAGAGGAUGACUCCAGCCUAUAUGAAAGGAAUGAGGUGUGGGCUUCACUAAGCAAGCUGUUAAUGGCACAGAGUCCUGGAAAACAAGAGUCUAAAGAGACAACAGACCAACAGCCACCAAAGAAGAGAAGGAUCUCCGUCUUGCUGGUUUCUUCUGAUUCAGAGUCAGAUGAAGAGGAAGAGUCCAUAGAACAGUGUCUUAACCGCUACAAAGCAGAGCCCAAAUUGCACAUGGAGGGUUGUCCACUACAGUGGUGGAAAAAAGAGAGAAGCAACACAUGCAAGGCUGGCACCAAUAGCAUGCAAGUAUCUGUCAAACCUUGCUACAACGGUGCCUUGUGA